AUGAAAGGUUGGUUGAAUUUCUUCAGAUGUUAGGGAAUAGGAACACUUUACACCAAAUCGAAAUAUGCAGCAAUCUUGCUUUUUUUGAAAUGAUCUUAAAAUUUUUAGAAUAAAUAGAAAAACAAUCAGAAGCUUAUUAAAGCGAAUGAUAAAUCGAACUUUUCAGGCAAAAAAAGUUGUUUUCUUUUUUUUGUGCUUCUGAAAUUUUUUUUGAUAUUUUUCGACAAAGCAUAUUCAGAACUUGCAUUCGUAUAGUCAAGAAAAACUAAACAACAAAAACGAACAGCUGCAAUGGGGCUGCAGCCGACGGAAAAUUGGAACGUCUGCUCCGGCCAUUUCCAAUUUUCUCUGUUGUUGGACUCUUUUCCUACCUUUUUACUCACUGGAACGAAGAUGUUGAUUUUAUGUUCAACGUCUUCGUUCCAGUGAUUUUAUUUUAUUUUUUUUGACGAUUUUUGGAAACGACGCUAUAAGAUUUUUUUUUUGUAAGCUGGGAGAUUUGACAAGUAACAGUACAUUUACGAAAAAGCUUGAAGCCAUAUUCAAUUUGUGUCAUGCAAAAAAAUAUUGCGCUCGUGGAGGAGAUCUAAAUAUCGUCACACGGAGUGUCAGACCUAGUGGAAAAUAACUAAUUAAGAGAUUUUGGAUUGAAAAAAUUAGCAGAGCUCCUUUAGGUUUCAAAUAACAUCACCCAAAAUGUUUAAACUAUUUUUCGAACUAAGAAUAAAUCAAAAAAAAAAUUUUCUUUUGGAAGUGUUUUAGGAGAAGGUGUAACUUCUAACUGCAAAAAAAUACUCGGUCAAGCAAUUGCCUAGCUGCAAAGAAUAUGAUCCUUUUUUGUUAAUGGCUCUUUAGAAAAUCAAAUUUCUCGUGAUAUGAACCAAGUAGGACUUCUGAAACGCAUAAAAAAACGAGGAAAAUCGAUGGGCAGACGGCGGAUACCUGCAACGUUUACACGACCCUCCGACCUUUAGUGCCCUGUCCCCAAAAAGGCAUUUUCUCUCUCUUUUUGAACUUCUCUCGUUUCUGAGCAGUUCCUCUCUUGUUCUUUGCAAAAAUCGGUCAAAUUUAAGCGUUUCAAAAUGUAAAGCUUGUGAAAUACAAUAAUAAAACUUAUUUGAAAAAAACCUAAGCUGGUUUAUGAGGUCACCAUGAGAAAGCAAAAAUAUUCGGAAUCUUCGUUUCUUUCUCGAAAUUAUUUACGAAAAAAUAUUUCACGCAGUAAAAAAACCUUAAAAAAAUUAGGUUAUAAACUUUUUUUAGCUUUGCCGCCUCUUUUUUUCAAAUGUCUAACAAUAGAGCGCACAAGCUCCUAAACCAUACAAGGUAAGGCAGUGAUUUCGGUUUCAAUUCCAAAAGUUGAUCCUCCAUUUCUAUGUUUCGACUAGCUCUUUUCUUCUUUCACUUGUGUUCUUAUUGUCUUUUUCCGUUUUUAUUUGUUUUAAAACCAUGAAAAAGUGCCUAUAUAAAAAUAUAUAAGAUUUGAAGUUAAAAAAACAGACUUUGAAAAAAACGAGAACGUCAGAAAAAAACUCUCCAAAAAUUCUUCCAAAAGUCUUUAUGCUUCGAAAAUGUAUUCCCAUAGGAAUCAGAAAUAUUGAAGUUAGAAAUAUAUUUUCCUGCCCGGAAAUCUAAUUUUCCCAUUUUAUUUCUGCAGAUUUUCGUUUUGCUGCACAUAGAUUUCAUUUGGCGGAGUUUUUCUGUUGACUCGGAUCUCUCUUUCCCAUUUUCAUUCAAUUUUUAUUUUAUUUUGUGCUUCAUUGCCGAUAUUUUCAGGACGCGCUUUCAUUAUAGGAUGGUUAUGGAAUAAAAUGGCCUUUAUGAAACGGAAAGGAGUCAAAUUCACUGUCGAUUUGCAAGUAAGUUUUUUUUUAUUGGGUCCGAGAAAAUUAUUUUAUUUUAAGGUUUGUAAUUUGAGCGACGUUCCUCUAGUGAACGCAGUUGUCUUUUCAAAAAUUCGAUUACUAGAUGGUGGCUCGUUCGAAGACAGUACGGAACGGGUUGAGGUUUGUUUCACUUGAUUUUCUUUUUACUUUUUCAAAGUUCUAAAUCUGGAGUUUCCAAACAAGAAAUGGUUUUUCUCUCUCUCUACAACUGUUUUCAGGUGGUCAACCAUGGUGCUUCCUGGUCCCAUCGAUCGGAAUUCGCUUGUCGGAUUGCUUGCGAACAAUCCACUGGUACUCUGGAAAAGUGUUUAUGCCGGAUAUCAAUCAGAAAGGUUUUUGAUUUUGAUUGGACUGAUCUCAAUUGAGUUCUUUUUUUUUCAGGAACAGAAAGGAGGGAAGACCUUUUAUAAACUUGGAUAUGUCGACAUCAAUCUUUCCGAAUUCGCUGCUUCUGGUGUCGAAGGUUGGCGAAUUUCUCAAUUCUCUUUAAAAUCAAAAAGUCUCGCUUUGAAACGUUUUAUUUUGCAGGCAUGACAAGAUCUUAUCUUCUCAACGGCUACACGACCAACCAAAGAUUGGACAAUUCGAAAGUUCUCGUGAAGGUCACAAUGUGUCAUCAGAGCGCUGAUCCCUUUUUUUCAGAGUGUUCGUUUUUUUUAGUUUUCGAAGUGUUAGCCGGAGAGAGAAAUUCAAAAUUUUGUGAAAAAAAAUCAUUUAUUUGAAUAAAAAAGGAGAUAUGCAAAGAACAAAAAAAGUCCGAUAAAUGAAUAACUUGUAAAACAAAGUGUGUAGUAAAAAAUUUUUGGAGAAAAAGCAUUGUCUUUUUUUCAGUUUUAUCAGCCUAGAUUUUUUUCAUUUGGAAACGACUAUUUUUUUGCUUGCUUUUUUUCUUAGAUUUGAAGUUUUGAAGCAAUUGUAAACUACUCAAUAAUUUGUGACUGUCUCAAAUAAAAAGUUCUAUAAUUAACUUUGACCCUGGGAAAUCAUCAAAUAUAGGCAGAGGCAAAAAAAUGAUUAAAUUUUUUUGAGAAAAAGAGUGAAAGUUCAAGUUUAAAAACUUUUUGAUCACUCGGUAGACAGAAAAAAACUAGCCAAAAAACCCUUCAUUAAUUUUUAUGACCAAUUGUUUUUUUAUGAAAAACUGAGCUUUCAAAAAUGAAACUAUUUUCCAGACUAAUUGUUGUUUCUUGAAAGAGUGCCAGACUUGAUUUUUUUCAGACCUCGGGCAACAGUCGUUGGUGGAAUCGAAGACGGUUCUCUGAAUCCGGAGGCCUUCCGGGCAACAGAUGCAACUGAGCAUAACUCCGAAGAAGGCUCCUCACAUGUCACUUUCAGAACAGUUGGUCACGAUCAUCCACCAGGUAAACCUAGAUCCUUUUUUGAACACUAACAACUGAAUUUAUAGGCGAAAGCGGGUCGGUGGCAAGCAGUUCUCUGGUGAUGGAAGACGUCUCGCCUGAUCAAACAGAUCCAAGACGGACCACGAGUUCAUCCAUAGCCAAUCCGUCUUCUUCCAACGCCCUGCGAAGAUUCAGCCAAGACCGAUCGGCUCAGAAAAUCCAGAGCACAAGGUUUUCAAUUUUGAGGCUAAAUUUUCCUUUUUCAGUCAGUGGGAAAAGUCCCCUUUUUCAAUCAAAAGUCCACUCUGUCGAAAAAUGCCUGGUGUUGUUCGAUGAACCAAUUUGAUGAUAAAAGUCGGACCAUAAAUGAUCUAAUGAACGCUCAAACUCACAAAGCUCUUCUCUUCUUUGUGCGCCAACAAAAGGGCAAAAGUUGAGAGGAGAUAGAUAAGGACGUGGCAAAGUUAAAGGUCUAGUUAGUUUCUUGAUCCUUUAGUCAAAAAAUCAAGAAAAAGUAAAAUUCUUAAGAAAACCCUGCAUCCCAACUUAAAAAAAGUGCGCCAAACAUUUGGAAAGUUUUUUUAAAUAUAUUCCGCCUCCUGAGUUUGACAGGCGCUCGAAAUUGACAAAACGAUUAACUUUUUCUUCCUGGUCAAAAAAAUGGUUCGAAACGUUGUAUUGUAUACACAAUUUAACAAUUUUCAAAAAUUUCAUCAAAGUUUCUAUGAAAAGUAUUUUAUUUGAAUCAACUUACAAAAAAGGAGCUCAAUCCAACAUUUUAAUUUUGCUGGAAUAUUCAGUCAUUUGCAAGUUUCCGAACCGAAUUUAAUAAACUCAGUCUUUAUGAGAAGCCUCACUAUUAGUUGAGAUUUGAUCAUGAUCCUUCUCACUUUAAAAGCAAAAAAAAUUUUCAGAAUCGAUGCUGGCGGAGUGAUAGACCGAGUUUUAGCCGAAAGUCGGCUAUCCGACGCCUCCUACGUUCCGGAAAGCCAAGGACUAGCGCUGUACCUGGACAAAGAUGGCCGUCCUUUGGUGGGCAGAGCACCUUCGAAGGCAACUCUAAUGGAAGAUUCUGAUUGA